AGUGAAAAAAUAAACUGCCUUAAAAGUCACAGAUGGAAAAAGCCAUGGGAAACAUAACCAAAAUCUUCCACCAGCAUUCUGCAAAGGAGGGAGACCCAGACACCCUAAGCCAGAAAGAAUUCAAAGACAUGGUGAAUGAUGAUAUGCCAAAUUCCUACAAGAAAGAGAAAAAGGAUCAGAAAGCAAUGAAAUACAUGAUGGAGGACUUUGACACAAAUGAAGAUGAUAUCUUGAGUUUUGAUGAAUUUGUAGAGCUGGUGAAAAAGGUCUUAAUUAAAGGACAUGAGGCAUCCCAUGAGCAAGCAUCCGCACAUGGCCAUGGACACAGUCCCAGGCAUGGGGCAGGCAUCAGAAAGGAUGACAAUGGCCAUUGCCACAGCAACUAAUCAGAAGACCAAACCACUUUGUGCUUGCCCAACCAACGAUGCAAGGAAGAUAGUGUCUUU